AUGGACCGAAUUUCUGGUCUUCCAGAGCCACCCCGAUCAGAGCCUAUCCUACCUCCUUCGUCCCAAGAGAUACCGUCCUCCCCGCCCUCAGUCGCAUCCGAAGCGGGUGGGCGCCGACAGAGAAAACCGCCAACAGUCACACCUCGAUCCUUCCGACGCUUUUUUACCCCACGGUCGCUAUUGAACAGCGGCAGCAAUGCUAGCAAUGUAAAGACAAGUCGUCAGGCCCUACGGGCGCUGACCUCGCCAGCUGUCAAUCGCCUUGGUCCCGCUUUUACCAGAUCCUCGAAGACGGGCGGUGCGCAAAGCCCUAACCAUGGCCUGCCCGAAGAUUUUCCUCGCACCCCAAGCAGGAAAAGAAAGCAUUCGUUCUCUUCAGUAGCAUCUCCUCUACAAUCCUCGCCAUUGAAGAAGGUCCGUGUGCGGUCUCCGGCGGGCGAUGAAGUGGAGCAGAGAGCCAUCGUUCGAGAUAUCGAUUUGACCGCCGUGAUUGCGAGCGGCCGCAACACCCAAACAAUCCCGACCAGUCCUCCCAAACGCCGCGCCGUUUCGCCAGUCACCCGAUCUCGUUUAUUGCAAACCUCUGGUUCCCUGUUCAUGCGAAGCUUGCAGGGCUCGCGUGCGAACCGGCUGACUAUCCGAUCGACUGCUGGAGCCGGAUGGCAGGAUUUAACGUCGGAUUUCCACUCGCGUCCAGAAGACCGCCAUUCAUGUGCCAGCUAUGCUAAUGAGGGGCAAUUGGCACUUCCGUUUUGCAAUGCUUCCUGCAACACAAAUUCAUUGGUCGCUGUUGGUGACGAAGAAGGCGGUAUCCGUUUGUUGGAUUCCUCCAAAGAUGACGAGCGAGGAUUCUCUAGCGCAUAUCUAGGUUUCCGUCCUCAUAUGAAUUCGAUUAUGGACCUUGAAUUCUCAUCCGAUGACCUGCUACUGGCCACCGCUUCUGGAGACCAAACGUCUUUAAUUAUCGACAUGACCACACAGCGACCCAUCCAUUGUUUGCAGAAUCAUAGCUCCUCGGUGAAGAGAGUCCAGUUCCAGCCUGCUUCCAACAAUAAGGUUCUUGCAACAUGCAGCCGCGACGGAAAUGUGAACAUCUGGGAUCUUCGGUGCAAGGGGGUUGAGCAGCGCCCGUCACUGCAGGUUCGAUGCUCGCUAGAAUCCGAGGCCGAAUCUUCCAAUGCUUCAGCACCUCCAAAGAUGACAUUCCCCCAUGUUCUCAACACUAUCCACGGUGCUCACGCAUACACUACCCCGCAAAAGCUUGCGGCGGAUAAAUCAGAUGCUAUUCCGUUCGGUCGGUCUGAUAUCACUGUAACUUCGUUGGCUUUUCUCCCGCCGGGCCAGGAGAAUCUUUUUGUCACAGCAUCCGAGGCCAGCGCCAGUGUCCGACUUUGGGAUUUGCGGACAGCACACAACAACCGCCGUGGCCGACCUGUUCUCCCACUGUCCACUACUCGCGAGCCUGACAGUCACAUCAAGUACCGUCGGUUUGGCUUGACAUCAAUGGCUUUCGGUGGUGAUGGUGCCCGACUGUACACCCUUUGUCGAGAUGGUACUGUCUACACAUACUCGACCUCUCACUUGGUGCUUGGACACGCACCUGAGCUCUCGCUCAACCACGCUCACCCGCGACGAUCGGGUGGUUCUGACAAAGAGGGACUUGGUCCCCUGUAUGGAUUUCGCCACCCACGCCUUCAAGUCUCUACGUUCUAUGUCAAGCUCGCUGUGCGCAAAGCUUCCGAUGACCGUGCAGAGAUGCUGGCAGUUGGCAGCAGUGAUCAAUGUCCGAUUUUGUUCCCUACCGAUGAACGAUUCCUACAGUCCCCUGUGAAGACUCUUCCAGUUGAUCUUCCCCCUACCCGAACAUCUCUCUUCACAACUCGAUCCGGCCUCCGCCGCACCAAUUCUGGUAUGGGCCUGUCUGGAAGACUUGAAGACACCAUCCCUAUCUAUGAAUCCGGCACACCCCUGGUUGAAGGUCAUCAGAAGGAAGUCACCGGCAUUUCCUGGACGGUCAAUGGAGAACUGAUUACCGUCGGCGAUGACUACCACGCUCGAUGCUGGCGUGAAGGGCCUGAGGCUCGCGAGCUUCGACGCCAGGGUCAAAAGGAUGGUCGAGACUGGCAGUGCGGAUGGGCUGCCACGACUGAUUCCUAUGAUGAUGAAGAUGAAUGA